CCUCCAUGAACAUAACCUAUUUCUUUUUUAUUAUUCGCAUUUACGCAUUUCACAUUUAUAUAAAAUACAAGAUACCAUAUUAUAAGCAAUUUGCCUUUCACAGAAAAGAAUAUAAAAAUUGCUAAAUCAUAACUAAAUUAAAUAUAUAUAUAUAAACUGACAUCCCCCAAAUUCAUAGAUAAUACAUUUUCGCGCCAAACUGUGUUCAUAUAAAUAGACUUCCCGGCUUUGGCGCCUUUAAUUGUAAGGUUUUAUUUGCUUGUACUGUUUGCGUGGAAAUUUUGUUUUAAAUAUGCCUGCCUACGAUAAAGAAAACAUUACCUCGACUAUUGUCUCGAAAACCGAAAAAAUUGUUUUAUCCGAAAACACGGCCAACAUAAUACAGAUCUCCUCCUCGGAUAAAUCUAUUAAAUCAAAAAAAUCAAUUCAGGACGGAGAAGGCUCAGAUUUUGAUCCAGAAUUGGAACCUUUACUUCGCGAUAAUCCCCGCAGAUUUGUCGUUUUUCCCAUAGAAUAUCCUGAUAUUUGGGCCAAAUACAAAGAAGCGGAAGCGUCUUUUUGGACUACUGAAGAAGUUGACCUAUCUAGAGAUUUAGAACACUGGAAUAAUCUCAGUAAUGAUGAAAGGCACUUUAUAUCUCACGUGUUGGCAUUUUUUGCAGCUUCAGAUGGUAUUGUGAAUGAAAACUUGGUAGAAAGAUUCAGCCAAGAAGUUCAAAUAACCGAAGCUCGAUGUUUUUAUGGUUUCCAAAUUGCAAUCGAAAAUAUUCAUUCAGAAAUGUACAGUAUGUUGAUAGAAACAUUAAUAAGUGAUCCGUCUGAGAAAGAAUUCUUGUUCAACGCUGUAGAAACCCUACCUUGUGUAAAAAAGAAGGCAGAUUGGGCUUUGAAAUGGAUCAAUUCAAAACAUGCAACUUUCGGUGAACGAAUAAUAGCUUUUGCAGCAGUUGAAGGUAUUUUCUUCUCUGGUAGUUUUGCUUCAAUAUUCUGGUUAAAAAAACGUGGUUUAAUGCCAGGUUUGACCUUCUCUAAUGAGUUAAUUUCAAGAGAUGAAGGUCUACAUUGCGAUUUUGCUUGUUUAUUGUUCACACAUUUAGUUCAAAAACCUUCAGAACAACGUAUAAUUGAUAUCAUUCGUGAUGCUGUAACCAUUGAACAAGAAUUCUUAUCUCAGGCUUUACCAGUAAGUUUAAUAGGUAUGAAUUGUGAUUUGAUGUGUCAGUAUAUUGAAUUUGUAGCAGAUAGAUUAUUAAACGAAAUAGGUUGUAAAAAAAUAUACAAUUCCACCAAUCCUUUUGAUUUUAUGAAUAUCAUAUCAACUGAUGGCAAAACUAAUUUCUUUGAAAAGAAAGUGGGCGAGUAUCAAAAAGAGGGUGUUAUAGAUUCCGGUGAUACAAAUUUCAAGAUAGAUGCAGAUUUUUAAUUUUCGAAUAUUUUUGUUAGAUUUUAUUUACUUAUAUUCUAUUUUAAAGUGUCUCGUUCUAAGAUGACAAGCUAAGUUUAAUACUUGUGUACUUAUAUUUAAUUUUUAUAUUGUAAAUAGUUUUCUAGAGCAAAUUUUUUGAAGAAUAAACAUGUGUAAAUUCAACUAAAGGUGAUUUAAAUAUACCUGUAUACAAAUUUUCAUUUAUAUUUUAGAUAUACUGCUACAAAAUUUAUCAAAUUUAAGUUUUUUUCAGUAAUACAUAUUUUUAAUUAAAGGGUAAGACACCGAAACAGGGAAAAACAGCUAUGUUUGUGUUUUCAUUUGAGAAUAUUUCCAACUCUUAAGGUUUAAUAAAAUUAUAGAAACUAUUAAAUUGUUGCUUUAAAACAUUAAAAUAAUAAUCUCUAAUUACCUAAGUACUAUUUUAGUUGUUUAUACCUCUAAAUUAAUUAAAUAUUUUGAUGAAUAAACAUACAGUGUUUUUUAAUGAUAUGCGAAUAUUUAAGGAUGUGAAUCUACAUGAAAAUUUAAUGAUAGUUUGCU